UGCUGGGUUCCUGUUUAUGUACUUCCUUUCCCCAACAUCUCUCCCCACCCUUCCCAAGGUGUCCAACAAAUACAGAACUACAAAAUCUGACGAGUGUCUCAGAAUUCCAUCUCCUGGGACUCUCAGAGGAUCCAGACCUGCAGCCCAUCCUCUUUGGACUGUUCCUGUCCAUGUACCUGGUCACAGUGCUUGGGAACCUGCUCAUCAUCCUGGCUGUCACCUUAGACUCCCACCUCCACACCCCCAUGUACUUCUUCCUCUCCAACCUGUCCUUGGUUGACAUUGGCUUCUCCUCCACCAUAGUGCCAAAGAUGACCGUGGACAUCCUAACUCAGAGCAAGAUCAUCUCCUAUGUGAGCUGCCUGACACAGAUGUCGCUUUUUAUCAUUUUUGCAUGUAUGGAUGAUUUUCUAUUGACUGUGAUGGCCUAUGACCGCUUUGUGGCCAUCUGUCACCCCCUGCGUUACUCAGUAAUUAUGAGCCCUCGCCUCUGUGGCUUCUUAGUUUUGGCGUCAUUUUUGGUUAGCCUUUUUGACUCCCAGCUACACAAUUUAAUUGUCUUACAAUUUACAUAUUUCAAGGAUUCAAAAAUUUCUAGUUUUUUCUGUGACCCUUCCCAACUCCUUAAUCUUAGCUGUUCUGGGACUUUUUCUAAUAACAUUAUCAAGUAUGUUAUUGGUGCCUUUUAUGGUUUACUCCCCAUCUCAGGAAUUCUUUUUUCGUACUAUAAAAUUGUUUCUUCCAUUCUGAGAAUCCAGUCAUCAGGGGGGAAGUACAAAGCCUUCUCCACCUGUGGGUCUCACCUGGCAGUUGUUUGUCUAUUUUAUGGAACAGCUUUUGGAGUGUACCUUGGAUCAGCUGUGUCACAUUCUCCCAGAAAGGGUGUGGUGGCCUCUGUGAUGUACACUGUGGUCACUCCCAUGCUGAACCCCUUCAUCUACAGCCUGAGGAACAGGGACAUUAAGAGUGCCCUGAAUAGACUGCACAGGAGAACAGUCUAAUCUCAGCACCUGUGGUGUCCAGUUGCAAUAUUUGUUGGAAAAUACAGCAAAGCUAAACAUCUAGUCCUGUCAAUUUAUCCUUCAUAGUAAUACUGUUUUUUGCAGCUUCAUGGUUUUGCUAUUUCAUAGUGAAUGAUGGUGGCCAGUGUUAGGGAAAAUAGGUUCAUGUUGAAUAAAUAAAAAAAAAAUUCUGUAGGUGGAUGAUGAUGAUAUCUUCACAAUAAUAUCAAUAUAUCAAAUGCCCCUGAACUGUGCCCUUGAAACUGUUGAAAAUUAUUCAUUUUAGUGAAAUUUUGAAUUUGCCAUAAUAGAAAUGGAAAUAAAAAGCAAAUAAAACAUAAAAAAGAAAUUGAAGAAACAAAUAGGACACAUGUACUUCAUUGUCAGUAUCAGAAGAGCCAAAUAACAUUUUUGACAUUUAUUUUCUCCCCUUCUUCCAUCAUCAAUAUGAAGUUCUUAGAUUUUGUAUUUACCUGGACAAAUAUGACUAAAUAUGAGCUCUGAGACAUGAGCCUCCGGGGUCACAUUCAGCCUCUGCUUCUAGCCCUUCUGCUUAAUGGUUCCCAGCUUAGUGGGCUCCAUACCUGUCUCUUUCUUCCAUGAUUGUUUGCACCAGUAACCUGCUAUCCAAAACUGCAUGGACAUUCAUCUUGAAUGGGGCCAGGUUAGUCCUGCAAGGGAGGUGUGUUGGGGCUGCUCUCCUGGGUAAUGACCUACCAGAUACACAGUGCAAACAGUAACUUCUGAGGGAGGUAAAGAUUGGAAGAGGGAAUGUCCUAUGCAUUGCCUCCUUUUUUUCCUAGGAUGAACAUGAUAUUUGGGUAGCCACAGGGGGACUGUUAGUGGUGAUGGUAACCAAAAUCUCAUGCAAAUAUUUUCUUUUUCUGCCACAAUGACUCUAUUUCUCAUAGAGUUUUCUCCACAAAGGGAGUAAAUACACCCUAGUUACCCUUGUUCUAAGCAUUACAAAGGGUGUAUGAAGGUGAUGAGGAUGAGGAGA